UUUUUUUUUAUUUUUUUUUUGGUGGAAAAAAAUAAUAAUAUUAAUAUUAUCCAUAAAUUUAAAUAAUUAUUAUCAAUUGCAGGAAAAUAAUCAACAGAAAUGUGAUGUAAUUCGAAUUCACUGCCAUAGAUCCUCUGAUCGGAUUCAGUGAAACUCAAGCAAGCUCAGUUCUACAAACAUUUUCGACUCAGAAGAAAAUCGGCAGUUGUUUGUUUGUUCGUGCGAAGAAAUUGCAAAUUGAAAUUGGAAAAAAAUGAAUAAUUUUGUGCUCCGCUGCCCGAUUUGAAGAUAUUUCAGGAAUUCCCCUCUGCAGAAAAAUAUGGCGACUCCAGUGGAACCUCCGAACGGGAUAAGAUCCGAAGGGAAGCAUUACUACUCCGUGUGGCAAACGCUUUUCGAGAUCGACACGAAAUACGUGCCUAUCAAGCCUAUUGGUCGAGGGGCGUAUGGGAUAGUGUGUUCUUCUGUGAACAGGGAAACAAACGAAAAGGUCGCGAUAAAGAAGAUACACAACGCCUUUGAAAACCGCAUCGACGCGAUGAGGACGUUGCGCGAGCUGAAGCUUCUAAGGCAUCUAAGGCAUGAAAAUGUGAUAGCUCUCAAAGACGUGAUGCUUCCCGUACAAAAGGGCAGUUUCAAAGACGUGUAUUUGGUUUACGAGCUUAUGGACACCGAUUUGCAUCAGAUUAUUAAGUCGUCGCAAUCACUCACGAAUGAUCAUUGCCAGUAUUUUCUUUUCCAGCUACUAAGAGGUCUAAAGUACCUCCACUCAGCCAACAUUCUCCACCGCGACUUAAAACCAGGAAACCUACUAAUCAACGCAAACUGCGACCUCAAAAUCUGCGAUUUCGGACUCGCGCGAACAAACAGCAGCAAAGGCCAAUUCAUGACAGAAUACGUGGUCACCCGUUGGUAUAGAGCCCCCGAGCUCCUCCUCUGCUGUGACAACUACGGUACCUCCAUAGACGUUUGGUCAGUCGGCUGCAUCUUCGCAGAGCUUCUCGGCAGAAAGCCCGUUUUUCCGGGCACAGAGUGUCUCAACCAGCUCAAAUUAAUAAUCAACAUUUUAGGUAGCCAAAGGGAAGAUGAUCUUUUAUUUAUCGAUAAUCCUAAAGCGAGGAAGUAUAUUAAGACGCUUCCUUAUUCGAUCGGGACACCUUUAGCUAGGCUUUAUCCACAGGCGCACCCUAUGGCGAUUGAUUUAUUGCAGAAGAUGCUCGUUUUCGACCCUUCGAAGAGGAUUAGUGUUGACGAAGCGCUGCAGCAUCCGUAUAUGUCGCCUUUGUAUGACCCGAGAUGUGAUCCGCCAGCUCAGGUUCCGAUUAAUCUUGAUAUUGACGAGGAUUUGGGGGAAGAGAUGAUUAGGGAGAUGAUGUGGCAGGAGAUAUUGCAUUACCAUUCGGAAAGUGACGCAGCGAAUAUGGAGUGAAUUGAUCAAGGUUUUUUUUUUUUUUUUUUUUUUUUUCGGUUUCUUGAUUGUAAUAACUAUGGCAAGUGAUAUGAUUGCAUUGACAGUUUUGUUGCUGCUAAUGUGCUAAUAUUUAUGGAUUGUUCUGCUUUUCGGGAGGAGUUUAAUGGGCUCGAGCUUUUUUAUGACAAGUGUCUUAUAAUUUGUACAUAGGUAUGUUGCAUUGUUUUAUGUGAUGAACAUUUUAUGUAUUUUUUUGUGCAUUUUAUGAGUUCGAUUCCCGGCUGGUGCAU